CUGCCCCCAGAAAAGUGGCACCUUCCUCUCCACCCAGUGGAGCAAAGCACCGUGAACCAAACCACCAAACCACACACGGGCCUGAUUUGUACACCAGCCCCAACUUGAGCUGCUUCUCCAGGAGGUGAGACAUCCACUGCUCCAGGAUCCCCGAGGUGCCCGGAGCUGAGGCUGCACAUCUGUUCGCAAGGCUGGCAUCCAAGAGACCUCACUGAUGUCCCCACUGCAUUAAAACCUAGAUUUCUGCUAAAUUUACCUUUCCUGCUAAGAUGGGCUGAGUCACUUGAGCAUGCCAGGCUCUCCUUUUUUAUUUCAAUACACACAGGUAUCACCUGUGUGCUGUUUCCAUCUCCACCUGCAGGUGCAGCAGUGUUGCUGGGGGUGAGCAUGCAGGUGCAAAUAUUAGUGGGCAUGUUUUUGGAAAGCCAGCCGAGGGCAGCUCCUUCCUGCCCCUGUGGUUUGCCUUCUAGUAAAAUUUUAAUGCAUCUUGCUGCUUUAACAGCUGCAUUCAAGGAACGCAGCAAUUUCAUGAACUACCAUCCCAGCCCUGAAACAGUCCUUUUAUUUCUGAACAAAGCAAGUGUGACAGAGGAGAACCGUGGCUGGGCAAGGAGAAACAUUAGCCUGGGAGGCUUUUCUUUGGAACUUGGGGCUGCAUUAUUUUUGGAUGCAUCUUCAACUGAGUCUCAGCAGCUCUGGAGCUUCCAGCGCUGAGGCAGCUUCGGGAAAGCUUCUCCCCCUCUCGGACCCCGGACACACGGCGCUUGUGAGGCUUUUUGAUCAGAAAAAAAACGACAGGAGAACAAGACGCCAAGAUGGAAUUCCUUGCUUCCCAGCGCUGUUCGCGGCUGGCACGGCGCUGUCGCUACCCGGGCGCUCCUUUGUGUCGCUGCUGCUCCGCGGGCACCGCCGGGGAGGAGGAGGAAGAGGAGGAGGAGGAGAAGGAGGAGGGGUUGAUGGAGAGAGGUCCUGCGGCCGUAGCUACUGCUCCUGGCUCUGUGCCGUGGGUUCGGCCGCUCCAUCCCCGUGUUUGGAAGGGCAGCGGAGGGUCCGGGAGCGGGAGGCCGCACAGGAUUUCACAGAUAAGUUGUGCAUCUAGCCCACGGCUUCUGUGAGGUCUCCACUUGCCCCUAUGGACGGGCUCCAUCCAUGGCAGGGCUCCAGGCAUGUCUGAGCCACAGGCUUCAGCUCUGAAAGGGGAGGGAUGUGACCCACAGCACCUCCGUGUCCCCAUUCCUGCCUAGAUGGGGACCUGCCGCCCAGCGCCAUGAGGAGCAACCGCUGCAGCCACCUGCCUGGAGUACCUCCAGACCAUCCCCAGCCUGCAGCCCCCGAUGGGAAGAGCCUGCCUGGCAGCAGCGGGGGCCCGGCCACCAGCUGCCCCCAGUAUGUCAUGCAGGUGUCCUCCAAGGAUGGGCAGCUGCUCUCCUCCGUGGUGCGGAGCCUGGCCGUGCAGAGCAGCCCCUUCAAUGAGCGGCCCAUGUGCAGGAUCUGCCAUGAGGGCAGCAGCCACGAGGAGCUGCUGUCCCCCUGUGAGUGCACGGGGACCCUGGGCACCAUUCACCGCAGCUGCCUGGAGCGCUGGCUGUCCUCCUCCAACACCAGCUACUGUGAGCUGUGCCACUUCAGCUUUGCAGUGGAGCGCAAGCCCAGGCCGCUGCUGGAGUGGCUGAGGAACCCGGGCCCCCAGCACGAGAAGAGGACUCUCUUUGGGGACAUGGUGUGCUUCUUGUUCAUCACCCCGCUGGCCACCGUCUCCGGCUGGCUGUGCCUGCGAGGAGCCGUGGACCACCUGCACUUUAGCAGUAGGCUGGAAGCUGUUGGCCUCAUUGCACUCACUGUGGCACUCUUCACUAUUUACCUCUUUUGGACCCUGGUGUCCUUCAGGUACCACUGCCGGCUGUACCACGAGUGGCGUCGGAACAAUCAGCGGGUGAUGCUCCUCAUCCCAAAAUCUGCCCACGGCCCCUCCACCCAGCAGUCCCUGCUGGGCCUGCAGCCCCUCAAAAGGAGCUCCAAGGAGACAAUUGUGUGAUUUGGGCUGCAGCUGCACACACAGCUUUUCCUCAGACCCAUCGGGGUUGGGCACCCAGCACCCAGGAAUGUGCAAUUUGGAUUUACAGACUGAGUGCAGAGGGAUAAGCCACAGUCAGAAUUCAAGUCGUGGAUGCUGCAGUCAUCUGUGGCAUUUGCUGAGCUGCCAAACGUGUUUAGUGAGCAGGGACCCUAUGGAUUCUGCAAAUAUGUUAAUUGUUGCAUCAUCGAGUGAUGCAAACAUUUUUAUUGUUUAAAGUAUUAAACUAUGGUGAUUAACAAUGCAAAACAGGUUUAAAAAGUGCUUUGUUUUUAUGAUUUCUUGCUCCUACAGUACUGUUUCUUUAGGCAGCUGGACAGUAACCAAUAUUUAUUUCUGCUUCCUAAAGUGCAGCAAUGGCAUUUCCUCAUUUGAUUUUAUCUGCAGGUCCAUUAUACCAAUGUUUUGAUUAUUAAAAUCUGUGUGCAAUGAGCUCUACAAAUUGGCACAUUAUUUAAAUGCUACAAAGUGAUUGGAAAAUUGUAUUACCCGUUUCCUAUUUGGCAGGGAAGGCCGGACAGGAAUAUUCUUCAGUUACGACUCUAGCAUGCGCAAGAGAAAAAUUACACAAAUUGCAAUAAUCUUCCUGUCAAAAGUAUUAUAGUAUAUAGCACUCAGGAAAAAAAAAGAUAUUCUACUUUUCCAUGAAGUAGCACCACAUUCUUCAGUGAAGUGCACAUUCUGCUGGUGUGAAUUCAAACUUAGCCAACAUAUCCUGCAUUUAUACCAGGCUUUAAUUUAACUCUACAGCUUACUUUUGUGUAGGGAAAGCUCUGCAUGCAUAAUGAAUGAGAUCAUCAGAUAAGUUUUAGGAAGCAGGGACUCAUCUUGCAUGAAGAACAGCAUUAUUUUAAAGCAGCAGAAACUCUAGCUUGACAGGUAGGAUUUGGCAGUGUGUGCAAACCCUGACCUCUCAUGGUAGCACUGAGACAAAAAAAAAAUUAAAAAUAUUUAAUAACACAGUCUUCUCUGGAGACCAAAUGGAAUUUGGAGUGCAAAAUCAGACCUUAUUCCUGGGUGACUUUAUCUGCUUCCCCUUGGUUUUUUAUGCCUAAUUCAUUCAGCAAUCCUUCACUGCCAGAAGAGACACACUUAUUUUAAAUAACUAGCAAAACCUCAUUGCCCAAUGCUGCUAGAAUUAGAAAUUGAUACAGGGCCCCUCUGAACAGAUGAAUUUCUUAGAAUUGUGCAUGGAUGGCAGUACCACCAUGUGCUUUGUUUUCCAAAAACUGCAGGAACUGAAAAUCAAAAGGAAGACAUAGCAGGAAGGCUAAUAAUUUGUUAUUCAUAAAAUUCAAGGUAUUAUGGGUAUUUACCAUCAGACAAGAAGUUAUCUGAUGUUUUGUGUGUGCUCUGUGGGGGUGAAAAAGCUUAGUAAUACAAAGCCAAAUCUGUUAAAUUUCUUUAUUCUGUCUGUGGACCAGUCUAGCUGUGAGCAUGUUAUUUAACAAUGUUCUUUGUGACUGUCAGUCAUGGGGAUAGGAGAAUCAUGGGGAUAUAAAGCAAUAACAGCCUCACUCCAAUAGAAAGGCACUGAAACAACGAGCCAAGGUGUGUAGGAAAGCCAUGAACCUGCAGAUAUGUACUCAUCAGUCUGACAAGGCUGGGGUUGCUCAUGUUUGGCUGUGAAUAAAUGCUUCUCUUCCUGAGAAAAUUAAACAAGGGUCUGAAGAUAAGAUCACAGUCUCUGUGAAAGCCUAAAACCUGUAAUGCUUUAUUUUUUUUUAUACCUCUUCCUAAUGGUAAAUAAUUAUUUGGAAUGAAGACUGAACACUCACUUAUGCAGAAUUCCAGAUUUUAAAUAAAUAUCUGCUGGCCAAGGGUAAAGAAAUAAAGCAAAUCUAGCUGGGUCAGGAUGCUGUCAGUGUUUUAAUGCCUACAACACAGACUUUAGGUAAGCUUUGUUCAGAAUGUUAUUACCGCUCUCUAAUUCUUUGAAAGAAUUGUUAUUCGUAAUGAGUGCUAUUGUUGGCUUUGCCUCAUGAAACCAAAAAUCAGGGUGGAUAGGGAAUUAAGUGGCAAAACAUUCAGGGAAGCAUUCGUUCAAGUGAAGCUGCAAGGUCUGUGCACAGAGAUCAGCACAGAGGCUUGGCCCAGAUCAUCUGUGUUAUUUCAAAAUUUUUUUUUUUAAUUAGUGUUUUGGUUUUGGUUUUUUGUUUGGGUUUGGUUUUUGGUUUUUGGUUUUUUUUUUUUUUUUGGUGUAAAGACAUCUUUACUUACCUGAAGAAGCAGACAGAGAGGAAAAUGCAUGGUCCAGUUCAGCACACACAUCACUAACCCAGUUUCUGUGCUUGAUGCAGCAGCACAGCAGAACUGUCUGGUGAAGUCACAGUAGUGUCCCAUGGAUUUUCUUGAGAAAAAAAAGUGGCAGGAAAAAUCCAGUCAGACACUUAACAUUGCAUUAAACUCAUGAAAAAAAAAAAAAAAAGCAUCCUUGUAUUCUUCCUUUUUUUCCCUAAAACAGAAGAACUGGGAGGUGAGAGAUAUUACCUCUUAAUCCCACUCCUGCUCUAAAGAUUUACAGACAGAAGGAUCUCCCAGAUGGGAGCUGAAUUUUCUUCCACGAUUUGAUGCUGUAGAUGCCACACCAAACCCAAAUUUCCAUUAAAAAAAUGGAUUAUUACAGCAGAUUAUUAAAAAAAUGAUUACAGAAUAUUUUCUACAACAGCAGCAACACCCAUUUCUGUCUGAAUAGAAAUGAAAGACAAAAUUAACCACAGCAGAAGCUGCAGCCAGCAAAGCUCCUGGUAGUACAAUGACACCUUUGUUAUGCUCUCCUUAAAAAACAAAAUUAAAGAACAUAUUUAAGGACAGGGUGAGUGACCACCUUUUUGUAUUUUAAAAAUGUCACUCAACUUCUCUCUCAGCAACUUUAUGCUUUCUUCUCAUGAAGCUGACCUUGUCAUUUACAUUCCUUUUCCAGAUAAGAAGUUAGAUGGAAGGAACAGUAUUCAAUAUUUGAGCCAAUAUUUUCGCUUGCAAAUGAUAAAAGCAGCCUGUUCUGAUUCAGUAUGAUGAAUAUAAUGCACAAUGAGGAAGUUUUACUUUUUUA